CGUGACUAUUCAAGAUAAAACUAUAUAUGUACACGGGUAUACUGAAUCUUGUCAGAGUAAUUGAUAGCUUGUGUAUGCUUUGACAACAGACAUGGAGGGUAUACAACUACUAAAGCUUAUGUUGUACAUCUUGAUAUUAGUCAUGGGUGAAAGGAUUACCGCUGCCUCCAUGAUCCAACAACCGACGGUGUCCUCUGAGCAAGCAAAUACACCAAUUGAGCAGCUCGCUAUGUUGACCAAACGAAUGGAUGAGUUUGAACAAUCGCGCUCCGAUGAUAUGAAAGACUUGAAUAUACGUGUACAGGAUCUUGCAGAAUCACGCAAAAAUUACGCUCGCGUGAUGACUGAACUGAACCAAGAAGUUGCAGAACUGCAGCGUUUACGCGUCAAAGAUUUAAACCUGAUAGCUUUGCUGACUCAACGAGUAAGGAAGGUUGAACAGCAAUGUGAAAACGGUGAAGAGGCGGGGCAAGUUAUCUCAAAGGAGACACAAAUUUCGUCUGGUAACGAAACUGCGUAUUUCAAUACAAGCCAUGUAACCUUGCCUUCCCGAGCAUCACAUGAACGUGGUGAGGCGAAGCCAACGAACGGGGAUUUGUCGACACACUUUCCUAAAACACCCAGCUCAGAAUCAGUGAGCGGUCAAGGUCGGAUCCGAUCCAUACACCACGGAAAGAUUACGCGAGUCAGUCCGUCUGACGAUAUUGUGGUGUUCCAUGCCGUUCUUACACACACAAUCUCCAAUCCAUCUACAAGACAUCCAGUUAUUUUCAAUAGACUCGUCACCAACACCGGAGGCGCCCACUACAGUACCAACACAGGCGUAUUUACAUGCACACAGUCUGGAGUUUACGUCUUUUCUUGGUCAACAAACGUAGAAGGUCACCAGUAUAUUGAUUCUGAGUUAGUACGCAAUAAUUACGUCAUUGGUUCUGCUGUAACUGGACAAGGCACAGGAUUCGAAAGUGCAACAUCAGCAACUUCUGCUGCACACCUACAGGUCGGGGAUGAAAUCUGGGUACGUGUAGCUGGCCACGGGAGCGGUUCUGACAUACUUCCUAACAGGUCAAUGUUCACUGGAUUUCUACUGCGAUGAUCGUUGGCUGGACAUACUGUUUUUCUUUUGCUAAUAAAUCUUGAGGAACCAGAACAUUUCCUAUCUUUAUAUGAAAUUCGUCGCUACAUGAUGCGUUACAAGCGAAGAUCUGAUAAAUUGCGUUUUGCAUUCAUAAAAGUUUGGGACGGCACAUGGACUAGAAAGGUUUCGAACUUUUUCGGCCUUUUCCAUUGAAUAAUAAUAAAAAGAUUUUUGGGAAGUUUGGACCAUUUUCAAUCUAAGAAAUAUUCUUUUAAUCGUUUUGUUUUUCAAUUCUUCUUAUCCAUUCCUAGUUUCUUUUCUGGCUUGAUCAUUAACCUAAAGGUUGGAAAACUCAGUGAUUGUUAGAGUAAUUUACAAUAUUCAUAGAUUCGGUUAAAAUGCCUAAUUUUGACGUCAGAAUCAAAUUUCGUUAUUUACAUCAAAACCAUCUUCAGGUUGACAAUGAUUUCGUAAAUAGACUGAUUAAAUAUAGUUUUUA